GCCGCCCUGUCAGGGUCGGUCCGCGGCGGAACCAGUGCAGUUGUUGCGAGGCGGGAGGCCCUGGGCUCUGUGCGCCGCUGCCCGUCCGUGUCCGCCCGGCCCGCAGAGGGACCCCACCGUGCCUGCGCGGAGGAGCCGCCCCCUGCCCUUCGGGCCCGCUCCUGUGCGCCCGACGUUCCGCGUCUCCCCGUGAGAGAGGUCACGUCCGCAGGCAGCAGAAAUGGCCCCCAGUAGGCAGACCCGGGUUUUGCCUCUCAACGCCAUGGAAAAGCUGGAGAAGACCCUCUUCAGGCUGGAGCAAGGUUUUGAACUACAGUUCCGACUGGGCCCAACAUUACAAGGCAAGCAUGUUACAGUGUACACUAACUAUCCAGCUUCUGGAGAAUUAUUCAAUCGCCGUAAGUUCAGGGCACUGUCCUGGCACAACCCAACAGGAAGAGAAGAUGAUUCCGAUAAAUAUUGUAAACUGGAUCUCCAAAUUUCUGGGUCGUACCAGUAUUAUUUCUGUCAUGAAAAUGAGAAAAGUGGUGGAGGUUACAUAGUUGUGGACCCUAUUUUGCGUGUUGGAGUUGAUAAUCAUGUAUUGCAUUUGGAUUGUGUUACACUCCAGACAUUCCUAGCUAAGUGUCUGGGACCAUUUGAGGAAUGGGAAGAUCGCCUUAAAGUUGCAAAAGAAUCAGGUUACAACAUGAUUCAUUUUACACCAGUGCAAAAACUUGGACUAUCUAGAUCAUGCUACUCUCUGGCUGAUCAGUUAGAAGUAAAUCCUGAUUUUUCAAGCUCAAAUAAAAAGUGCACUUGGAGUGAUGUAGGAAACCUAGUGGAAAAAAUGAAAAAUGAAUGGAAUAUGCUUUGUAUAACAGAUGUAGUCUACAAUCAUACUGCUGCUAACAGUGAAUGGAUUAAGGUGCAUCCAGAAUGUGGUUAUAAUCUUGUAAAUUCUCCCCACCUGAAACCAGCCUGGAUCUUAGACCGGGCUUUCUGGUAUUUAAGCUGUAGUGUGGCUGAAGGGAAAUACAGAGAUAAGGGGCUACCUCCAUCAAUUGAAAAUGACCAUCACCUGAACUGUAUUCGUAAAAUAAUUUGGGAAGAUAUUUUUCCCAAGAUAAAAUUAUGGGAAUUUUUCCAAGUAGAUGUUACCAAAGCUGUGCAGCAAUUUAAAAACCUUCUGAUUAAAGGUAACAGGAAAACUCAAUCUGAUCCAAACCAACAUCUUCAAAUAAUUCAGGAUCCCGAAUAUAAACGACUUGGCUGUACUGUGGACAUGAAUAUUGCAUUGGCAACCUUCAUACCACAUAGUAAUGGACCAGCUGCAAUAGAAGAAUGCUGUAACUGGUUUCAAAAGAAAAUUGAAGAAUUAAAUGCUGAGCAGUUCCGGCAAAUUAACUACCAUCAAGAGCAGGCAGUUACUUGUGUUGUGGAGACUGUGGCUUAUGAGAGACUGGCUGACCAUGGUCCUAAACAGGGUCCUGUUAGUAGAAAAUACCCUUUACUCACCAGAUAUUUUACUUACCCAUAUAAAGAAAUGACUUUGGAAGAGGAAGAACCUCUGAUGCAUCAGCCUGAUAAAGCUUGUCAUUUCUUGGCUCAUAAUGGUUGGGUAAUGGGAGAUGAUCCUCUGAGAAACUUUGCUGAACCAGGUUCAAAUGUUUACCUAAGAAGAGAACUUAUUUGCUGGGGAGACAGCGUCAAACUGCGCUAUGGAAAUAAACCAGAAGACUGCCCUUACCUAUGGGCACAUAUGAAAAAAUACACUGAAAUUACUGCCAAAUAUUUCCAUGGAGUGCGUCUUGACAACUGCCAUUCAACCCCUCUUCAUGUAGCUGAGUAUAUGCUGGACACAGCAAGAAAACUGCGGGCUGAUUUGUAUGUAGUGGCUGAGCUGUUCACAGGAAGUGAGGAGUUGGACAAUAUCUUUGUGACUAGAUUGGGCAUUAGCUCCUUAAUAAGAGAGGCAAUGAGUGCGUAUAACAGUCAUGAAGAGGGAAGAUUAGUUUACCGUUUUGGAGGCGAACCGGUUGGGUCUUUUGUUCAGCCUCGUUUGAGACCAUUAAUGCCAGCUAUUGCACAUGCACUUUUUAUGGAUGUUACACAUGAUAAUGAAUGUCUUAUUCAGCACCGAUCUGUGUAUGAUGCUCUUCCCAGCUCAAUGAUCGUGUCCAUGGCCUGCUGUGCUACAGGAAGCACCAAAGGCUAUGAUGAGUUAGUACCCCACCAGAUUUCUGUAGUCUCCGAAGAGAGGUUUUAUGCCAAAUGGAAUCCAACUGCGACAACCUCUACUCCUGGUGAGGUUAAUUUCCAAACUGGAAUUAUAGCAGGAAGGCUAGCCAUGAACAGGCUGCACCAAGAGUUGGGAGCGAAAGGCUUCAUUCAGGUAUAUGUGGAUCAAGUUGAUGAAGAUAUAGUAGCAGUAACAAGACAUUGUCCUAACACACACCAGUCUGUAGUGGCUGUUUCUCGCACUGCUUUCAGAGAUCCCAAAACCACCUCCUACAGCAAAGAAGUGCCUCAAAUGUGCAUCCCAGGCAAAAUUGAAGAGGUAGUGCUUGAGGCUAGAACUAUGGAGAGAGAUGCUAGUCCUUACAAAAAAGAUGAGCAUUUUAUUAACGGAUUACCUAAUUACACAGUAGAGAUCAGAGAACACAUCCAGAUCAGAGAAAGUAAAAUUAUAAAGCAAGCUGGAACUGCCAUAAAAGGUCCCAAUGAAUUUGUUCAAGAAAUAGAAUUUGAAAACUUAACCCCAGGAAGUGUGAUAAUAUUCAGAGUUAGCCUUGACCCUAAAGCACAAGAGGCUGUUGGUAUACUCCGUAAUCACCUGAUCCAGUUCAGUCCUCAUUUUAAAUCUGGAAGUCUUCCUGAUGACCAGUCAGCACCUAUACUAAAACAUCUUUUUUCUUCUAUUGCAUCUAAAUUAACGUUGGCUGACUUGAAUCAAGUACUUUAUCGGUGUGAUGCUGAGGAACAAGAGGAUGGUGGAGGAUGUUACAACAUACCAAACUGGUCACCCCUUAAAUAUGCAGGCUUGCAAGGAUUAAUGUCAGUGAUGGCAGACAUUAGACCAAAGAAUGAUUUGGGUCAUCCUUUUUGUGCUAAUUUGAGAUCUGGAGAUUGGAUGAUCGACUAUGUCAGUGGACGUCUAAUAUCCCGUGCAGGAGCCUGUGCAGAAGUUGGUAAAUGGUUGAAGGCCAUGUUCAUCUACCUAAAGCAGAUUCCACGUUACCUUAUCCCAUGUUACUUUGAUGCUAUAUUAGUGGGUGCAUACACAACUCUUCUAGAUCUGGCAUGGAGUCAGAUGUCUAGCUUUGUUCAGAAUGGAUCAACAUUUGUUAAACACCUGGCUUUGGGUUCAGUCCAGAUGUGUGGGAUAGGAAAAUAUCCUUCUCUGCCAAAUUUGUCUCCUGCUUUACAUGAUGUCCCCUAUAGAAUGAAUGAAAUCACAAAAGAGAAAGAACAGUGCUGUGUAUCUUUGGCAGCUGGUUUACCACAUUUUUCAUCUGGAAUUUUCCGCUGCUGGGGAAGGGAUACCUUUAUUGCACUGAGAGGUGUGACGUUGAUUACUGGGCGUUAUUUAGAUGCGAGGAACAUAAUUUUAGCAUUUGCUAGUACUCUGCGACAUGGACUUAUUCCCAAUCUACUUGGCCAAGGGACCCAUGCUAGAUUCAACUGCCGUGAUGCUGUGUGGUGGUGGCUUCAGUGUAUACAGGAUUACUGUAAAAUAGUUCCAAAUGGCAUAGACAUUCUCAAGUGUCCUGUUUCCAGAAUGUAUCCUACAGAUGAUUCUCUCGCUCAGCCUGCAGGCACAUUGGAUCAACCACUGUAUGAAGUAAUACAGGAAGCUAUGCAACAACACAUGCAAGGCUUAGAAUUCAGAGAAAGGAAUGCUGGUCCACAAUUAGAUCGAAAUAUGAGGGAUGAAGGUUUUAAUGUGACAGUAGGCGUCGACCAUGAAACUGGUUUUGUCUUUGGAGGGAAUCGCUUUAAUUGUGGCACAUGGAUGGAUAAAAUGGGAGAAAGUGAAAAAGCUCGCAAUAAAGGAAUUCCAGCUACGCCAAGAGAUGGCUCUGCUGUGGAAAUUGUUGGCCUGUGUAAAUCAGCUGUUCGUUGGCUGCUGGAGUUAUCAAAGAAAAAUGUGUUUCCUUAUCAGGGAGUCACCAUAAAAAGACAGGGAAAAAAGGAAACCAUUACAUAUGAUGAAUGGAACAGGAAGAUUCAGGGGCACUUUGAAAAGCUGUUCUUUGUCUCUGAGAACCCAGAAGAUCCUAAUGAAAAACAUCCAAAUCUGGUUCACAAGCGUGGUAUAUACAAGGACAGCUAUGGAGCUUCAAAUCCUUGGUGUGACUACCAGCUCAGGCCAAAUUUUACAAUAGCAAUGGUUGUGGCCCCUGAGAUAUUUAGUCCUGAGAGAGCUUGGAAAGCUCUUGAGGUAGCGGAAGAAAAGCUGCUUGGCCCACUGGGCAUGAAAACAUUGGAUCCAGAUGAUAUGGUUUACUGUGGAGUUUAUGAUAAUGCUCUGGAUAAUGAAAACUACAAUGUUGCGAAAGGUUUUAAUUACCACCAAGGACCUGAAUGGCUCUGGCCUAUUGGCUAUUUCCUUCGGGCAAAGUUGUACUUUUCCAAGUUAAUUGGUCCAGAGACGUAUGCAAAGACUGUAUUUUUGAUUAAGAAUGUUCUCUCUCGCCAUUAUGUUCAUCUUGAGAGGUCUUCCUGGAAGGGGCUUCCAGAGCUGACCAAUGAAAAUGGGCAAUAUUGUUCAUUCAGCUGUGAAUCACAAGCCUGGUCAAUUGCAGUUAUCCUUGAGGUUCUUUAUGACCUGUAAAUGUUGGCUUUGAUACUUGGUAAAAUUUGCUAUGUACUUACAGGUACAAAUGAACAGCUUGCUCAUACUGUAGGAAAAAAUGUUUUGCACAGUCACUUAAACAACUGUGGCCUGAUAUUUCAAUGGUGCUUAAUAUCUGUAUCAUCCAUUCACUGAAGAGGAAUAUGGGUGCUCUUUAGCUUCUGAAAAGGCCAUGAGUAUUAAUAUAUAUAAAUUGGAUAUAGAAAAACCUCUAAAGCAACACCUUACAGAAUGUACACAAGUGCAUUUAAAAUAGCUUUUGAUUUAUAAACAUAUUAAAUUAGGUGUUAGAAGUCUGAAUUGUCUAAUUCCAAAUCUAGAAUAUGAAUGCCAAAUGGUUCCAGAAAUCUGAGUUGAAACUUUUUCAUACUUUGUCAGUAGAUGCGGUGCAUACUCAUCAUGGGGGGAGAAUAGAUUGGACUGUAGGUAGUAGUGUGUAUUUAUGGUUGUGCAUUUCAUAGCCUACGCUGUCAUUACGGUUUUUGUCCCUCUAUGCUGAACUGUGUGGCUUUUCCUAACAACUUAUUUUCUUCCAUGUUCAAAUGAAUGGUCCAUUAAAAUAAAAGUUCUCACUCUUUACAGAUAAUAUAGUAAAUUAAUCUUAUGAAGAUGCAUUUAAUAUCUUCAGAAACUUUAAAUGAAAUUUGAAAACUAAUUCUAAACAAUGACAUGAAUAUAUCCUGAGUGAGAUCAUUCAUAAGUGACUUUUUGAGUUGUGAACCGUAUGGUCAAACUUUAUUUUGUUAAUAUAGUUUGGUUUAAAAUAACAUACAUCUGUCAACAAAUGUGUUCGUCUCAUAGGAAAUCAGAAGAAACACUUUAUCAUCAAUACCCUGUGCAUAAAUCAGGUGAGGUCAAAUGAUCCAGGAGACCACUGGAUUAGAUGCUGAUUUAAUGAACUUUCUUCAUUGGGUUUGAAAUUCUGGUUUUAUCAAAGACAAUUGAAAAACUCUUUGACUUCAGUAGGGUCAUUGUUUCAACCCAGUUGCAGAAAAGAGGCAGUCUAGCACCACAUCUGAAGACUUUGGAGCUCAAUAAGGCACCUGCCUUUUGCUUUCUUCCCUUAAAUGUUACUUUCAUAAGAGCAUGCCUUUAACUGAGCUCAACCCAGUCUUUUAAAAAAAUUACAGUAGGUGUGUGAGGUGGGAAAUGUAUCAAUUUGAAUUUUCUGCUGGUCCCGAAAGUAAUGAAUAGGCAACAGCUAGAUUGACCAGUAAUAUCCUCAACAUCACAGAAGGAAGUGCAGCACUGCAUUGUGGAAGAAAUGGGCUGACAAUAGAGAUUAAAAAUAGAAACCUGUCCUACCUAUUAUUUUUGCCAUUCAUAUAUUUACAUUCAACAAAUUGAAAAUGUGGUAUGUCCCUGAUCCAGCACCCUUGUGACCUGACCCGUCCCGAAUGAGUGAAUUUACAAGAUCAGAGAGGUCCCCUGCUACCGGCUUCCCAGGACACUGCCCUUCCCACCUCCUGGCUCUGCUCUUCUGCCAGCUGGCUGGGGCUCUCCGGAAACAGAGUUCCCCAGCCACAGCUGCCCCAUUUCUGUCCCACCCAUCCAGGGCUUCCCAGGGCUCCACAGCUGCCCUGCUGUGCCAUGCCCAGCUGGGGCUCACCAGUUCCAAUGGUGGAGCUUUCUCACUGCUGGACUCCUCACUGGCUUGCACUCUUGGGCGCCAGAGCGUCCUGGAUUUAGGAGAUUCAACCUGUACUUCACAUUGAUUACAGUUGAACUACUUUGCAGAUCACCUGAUCAUAUUCACGUUUAUAUUUAACCGCUAUGUUGUUUGUGGCAUGUGUUCGUUUGGGUACAUGAAGCACUGUCAUGUUUUCUCUACAUAGAGUUCAGUUGAAUGGAAUUCAUAGUCUAGAAAUUCUUUAUAGGUUGCUCUGUAAAACUAUCUUCAAAUUGGAAAGGUGUUUGAAGAGUUGUGAUUAUUAUUGGGAUUAUAUUGAUUUCAAUCUAUUUAGAACAAUCUCUAAAUGUAAGGAAUAUCUGGGAGAAAUGAUGCUUCAAAACUUUCCAUUCUGUCAUGGCUAACUUUUAAAAUAAUUGUGAAUUGCACUGUUGGCAUGAACACUGUACCAAUGUCUCAUUGCUAGCUUAUUUUUAACUUAAUAUUAAAAUAUUUAAAAAGAAAAUCACAAAUGUACACAGAUAUAUACAUAUAUGCUAAUUAUGAAUUUUGAGAAUAGAUAGGUUUAAAAUGCUACUUCUGCACUCAUUAACUGAAUGGAGUUCUAGUGACAAACAUAUUUUUAAGACUAAAGUAGGUACAAUAAUAUAUUUUAUGGGCUAGUUUUGUCCAUAGAAACAAGAACAUUUAGAUUUUAAAAUUACCUCUAUCUUUGUUGCUUUGUUGAUCUUAAAUAUUUUUGGUCAGACUGGCCAACUUAAGAAUGAAGUGAGGAUGUCAUAGUCAAAAUUUCUUGAAUUUUCCUCUGAACACAUUUAAAAUAGCUAGUAUGAUUUAAAUUUAAUGUUGGGGUGGAGGAAAGAGAAGAGUUGUUAAUGUAAUAUUUUAUUUGUGUGAUGGGCUUCAGUACCAAGUAAAUUGUAUACAACCAAAAUCUCAACACGUUUAAAAUUAGCUGGUUGUAAUUUAGAAAAGUUGACGGAUCCUGAACCAUAGUGACACGCUCACUGUUAUAUAAUAUACUGUAAAAUGUAAUCACUCAAACUUAUGGUCAGUGAAAUACUUAUUUUUGUAGGUAAACCAAAUAGCAUCUCUGUACCUAUAUGUGCCAAUCUUGUUUCUUGAUUUGUAUGCUGUGGUGUAUAAACUCUAGUAUUGCUUCACCAGAUCUUAUUUGUCCAUUCAGUCAGUGUGCAUUAUUUCAUUCAUUUAAUAGGUUUUUACUGAUUAAAAUGAAUAAUUUGAGAACAUUUAAAACAAGUUACUGUAUGUUGUAAUAUAAAAUAAAAAGAUUUGGGUCUGUCUAGCAUAGCAACUGCUGAAUUUAGAAAAAUGUAAUGUUUGUGAUCAGCAUAAAAUAAAAGUGUUUAACAAA